AGUCGAUCCAUAGACAAAAAAUGAUAACAAACAUGGCGUCCCCAUAAAGCGUCAUUAGAUUGAAUUUGUUUAGCUUUUCGUCGAUAAAACGAUAGCCCCGCCUCUGGAUUAUGUGGUUACAGACCGGACGGAAUCUCGAUGUCAUCGUGCGGGCGAGGCGGAGCAUGGCUGCGGGCUGCAGGCUGCGGUAGAGCGCGAUGCACGCGGCGGCGGCGCGCUACGUGUCGGUGAGCGAGCUGUACUCGACGGACGAGGUGGAGCUGCUGCUGGACGAGAUUCGCGACCUGGAGCCCACUAGCUGCCGCGGCGAAGACAUACAGUCGGGCCGGCGGGUAGAGUCGGGUGCGGGUACAAGCGCGGGUUUGGUGCAGGACUUCGAGAUCGCGGGCAGCGGGCUGGGCGGGCUGGCGGGCGCGGGCGCGGCGGGCUCGGGCGCGCGCUCGCCGGGCGCGGGCUCGGGCGCGGGCACGGAGCGCUCGUGGGACUCGCACGCGCACUACACCCGCGCGCCGCCGCCGCCGCCGCGCCCGCUCGCGCCCGUCUACUGCCGCUGCCGCCAUCUGCUCACCGCGCACGGCGCGGCCAUGCUCUUCAUUACGCUGUGUUCAGUGGGUUGCGCGAGCUGCGUGUGGGCGGGCGCGGGCCUGCAGGUGUGGGCGCUGCCGGGCGCGGCGCGCGUGCGCCUGCUGCAGCUCGGGGCCGUCACCGGCGCGCUCGCGCACCUGGCGCUGCUGCUGCUGCGCGUCACCGGGCUCGACGCGCUGCUGCCGCUGCGCUGGGACAAGCUGGUGAGUGCCGGCUGCCGUGCGCGGCUGCAGCUCGGGGCCGUCACCGGCGCGCUCGCGCACCUGGCGCUGCUGCUGCUGCGCGUCACCGGGCUCGACGCGCUGCUGCCGCUGCGCUGGGACAAGCUGGUGAGUGCCGGCUGCCGUGCGCGGCUGCAGCUCGGGGCCGUCACCGGCGCGCUCGCGCACCUGGCGCUGCUGCUGCUGCGCGUCACCGGGCUCGACGCGCUGCUGCCGCUGCGCUGGGACAAGCUGGUGAGUGCCGGCUGCCGUGCGCGGCUGCAGCUCGGGGCCGUCACCGGCGCGCUCGCGCACCUGGCGCUGCUGCUGCUGCGCGUCACCGGGCUCGACGCGCUGCUGCCGCUGCGCUGGGACAAGCUGGUGAGUGCCGGCUGCCGUGCGCGGCUGCAGCUCGGGGCCGUCACCGGCGCGCUCGCGCACCUGGCGCUGCUGCUGCUGCGCGUCACCGGGCUCGACGCGCUGCUGCCGCUGCGCUGGGACAAGCUGGUGAGUGCCGGCUGCCGUGCGCGGCUGCAGCUCGGGGCCGUCACCGGCGCGCUCGCGCACCUGGCGCUGCUGCUGCUGCGCGUCACCGGGCUCGACGCGCUGCUGCCGCUGCGCUGGGACAAGCUGGUGAGUGCCGGCUGCCGUGCGCGGCUGCAGCUCGGGGCCGUCACCGGCGCGCUCGCGCACCUGGCGCUGCUGCUGCUGCGCGUCACCGGGCUCGACGCGCUGCUGCCGCUGCGCUGGGACAAGCUGGUGAGUGCCGGCUGCCGUGCGCGGCUGCAGCUCGGGGCCGUCACCGGCGCGCUCGCGCACCUGGCGCUGCUGCUGCUGCGCGUCACCGGGCUCGACGCGCUGCUGCCGCUGCGCUGGGACAAGCUGGGCAUGGCGGUGCACGCGUGGAGCGGCAGCGCGCUGCUGGCGGGCGGCGCGGGCUCGCUGCACGCGCUGUUCCUGCCGGAGUACCGGCUAGCGCCCACCUCGCUGAUGGCGCUCCUGUUCACUGCCUCGGGGUUGGGGUUGAGCGCGGCGUGCGUGUGCCUGACGCUGGUGGGGCUGCGCGUGCGCGCGUGCGUGGCGGCGGCGCGGCCGCCCAGCCUGGCGGCGGGCGCGCACGGCUCCACGCGCUCCUCCGCCUCCGGGCGCGCCGCCUACCGCGCCGUGCCCGCCGCGCCGCCCGCGCACGCGCACGCGCACGCGCACGCGCACGCGCACGCGCACGCGCACGCGCACGCGCCCGUGCCCUCCACGAGCCGCCAGCACCCCUUAUAGUGAAGGCCGGCCGUCCCGUAGUGUAGGAGCACGAGCCCGGGCCCGCCCGCCCUAGGUUAAGGAAAAAUGUACUAACAUUGUUAUAGGAAAUAAUUUUAUACUGUCCGCCCUCCCGUGGCCGCCGCCGCGCCGCGCGACAUAUCACCGGCCCGCUCCGGUUCUACGAUCUCAUAAACAGACUAUGUGCGAGUGAUUUUUACUUUUCAAUUUUAAUUAUAAUAUAUGGUUUUUAUACA